GCUCGAACGAAGAUGCCCUGGAAGAGAGCCUGCUGCGCUUUGUAGACAAGUGCAUGAGCCACUCUCACAUCUCCGAUGGAACAAUGGCCAAGGAUUCUGCCCGUGUUAAGGAGCUGUGGCGGCUGCGUGAGAGCAUCGGUGAAGCCCUGCGUCAUGACGGCUACGUGUACAAGUACGACAUCUCGGUGCCAUUGGCCACAUACAUGGACGUGGUCGCUCUGGUCCGUGAGCAGGUUCGAGGCACCAGUGCGAUACGUGUGUGCGGCUUUGGGCACAUGGGCGACUCUAACCUGCACCUGAACAUCACCGCCGCUGGCUGGGACGAGGCACUGCUGGGGCGCAUUGAGCCGUUCGUUUAUGAAUGGACAGCCUCUGUGCGAGGAAGCAUCAGCGCUGAGCACGGAAUCGGUCUCCACAAGAAACGCUUCCUGCACCUGUGCAAGACACCCGCUGCUCUGGGGGCCAUGCGCAGCCUGAAGCGUGCUUUCGACCCUCUCGGAAUUCUCAAUCCAUACAAAAUGCUGCCUCCUUCAAGUUGAGGAGUUUUUUCUAAACAAAGACGAGCUUCUGUAGAACAUUUUGUUGAACUUGCUUGAACCUUUCAAGUCAAGAGUGGGUCGGAAACCCGUCUGGUCGGGAAAAGACAUGAGGACAAUUAAAGUGACACUAAAGAGAAAAAUGAUCCGUCAUGUAUUCGUAAAUUGCUCUGUCACGCUACCAAAAAAAAAAUCACGCCAUAUCCACGAAGUGAGUGAUGAUUGAGGAGCUGGCUCGGAGAAGAUCGGCAAAACCCGUGAAUCUUCAGUACAAGCUUUCUACUAUCAUAUGAAGACGUGACACACGUUGUCCGACACACGUUGGCAACUGUAGCUCCUCAAUCAUCAUUCACUUCGUGGAUAUGGCGUACAAUGCCUCUACUGUCAAUAAAGACGUGAC